UUACAGUAUUCCACUGCGUAUCCAAAUUCAAGCUUGGUUGGUUAACUUACAAACGACAUACGAGAUCCUCGAAAGUUGGUUCAAAGUACAAAAUCUGUGGAUGAAUAUGGAAGCAAUUUACAAUAAAAAUGAUGCUGUGAUUAAACAACACCUAAGAGAAGACACCAGAAGAUUUUGCUCCGCUGAUCGUAAUUUUUUAAAAUUAAUGGGACGCAUUGCAGAUAUACGCUGUAUUGUUACGUUUUGUGUCAACAGUGACAUAUCAUUACAUCAUUUAUUGAAUCAUAUAAAUGAAGAAUUAGAAAUGUGUCAGAAAUCAUUGGCCAACUAUUUACAAACGAAAAGGAAAUUAUUUCCACGUCUUUAUUUCAUAUCUGAUUCAUCGUUGGUGGAAAUUAUUGGACAGAUGAAUGAUACUGCCAGUAUGCGUGUUAUACAUAGACAUAUUAAUAAACUAUUUACAAAUGUGGGGAAAUUAAAUUUUAUCAACAAGGAUAAUGCUAAUGAAAUUGUCGAAGUAUGCUCAUUCGAUGGCGAAAAGCUGUCA